AUGCUCCAAAGAUUGUCGAGAUGGACUCGACAGCGGCUUCCUGUUCUGCCCCUGACUGCCAGCAGACUGCCUGACUCUACAUUCUCGAAUCCGGUCCGAUGCCACGAUCAACCUCUUUCCCAAGGCUUCCAUUCUAAGCCUCCAUCGUUGCAGCAAGACCAUGACCCUCUCCGCAAGCAGUUGAAAGAUGCUGCAAAAGCCGUUCGGACGCUUCCACCAGCUGCGACGGCGGCUGAGAGCCCGGAUAUACUGCCUGACUGGGAACUGACUGUGGGCAUUGAAAUCCAUGCUCAGCUCAAUGCCUCUCGCAAGCUGUUCUCACCCGGAAUAACUGCGCCGAGUACGAUUCCAAACAGUCAAAUCGCUCCCUUCGAUAUCGCGUUGCCUGGGAGUCUCCCGGUCCUUCAGCCCGCUGUGAUCCUACCCGCCCUUCGUGCGGCCACCGCGCUUGGGUGCACGAUUGAGCCAGUCAGCCAUUUUGAUCGCAAACAUUAUUUCUACCACGAUCAGCCGGCGGGUUACCAGAUCACUCAGUAUUACCACCCUUUCGCGAAGAACGGUCGUGUCAUACUGACCACCGAAGAUGGGCUGGAGGAAAAUCGCACGGUCACGGUGAACAUCAAGCAAGUGCAAUUGGAACAGGAUACCGCUAGAACUCAAGAGGACGAUAGCAACACGGUGUUGGUCGACUUCAACCGGUGCGGUCAAGCCUUGAUCGAGAUAAUAUCGUUACCCGACCUGCAUUCUCCACGAGAUGCAGCCAUCUACGUCAAGAAGAUCCAGUCGAUCCUGCACGCCGUUGAUGCCGUCACCACCGGCAUGGAACAAGGUGGUCUUCGAGCCGAUGUCAACGUCUCCGUUCGUCGUCGGGGCGCCGAAGAGGGCCCAUUUGCUUACAGCGGCGUGACCGGUCUCGGCCAACGAACAGAAAUCAAAAAUCUGAGCACCUUUAAGGGAAUUGAAGAUGCAAUCAAGGCGGAAAGAGACCGCCAAAUCCAGAUUCUCGAAUCCGGUGGCGUGAUUGAAGGCGAGACUCGAGGUUGGUCUAUGACGAGCCCUAACGAAACAAAAAGACUCCGAGGAAAAGAGGGCGAGGUCGAUUACCGAUACAUGCCCGAUGCCGACAUCCCUCCACUUUACAUCAGCAGCGACUUGAUUUCAUGGAUUGCGAAGACUCUGCCUCCCACCGCGGGCGAGUUGGUUGACAUCCUAGUUCAAAAGUACGGCCUCAGUUUCACAGAUGCCAUGACCCUAGUCUCGCUUGAUGACGGCGAACGAUUGAUUUAUUUCCAGAACGUUGUCGAUGAAUUGAUUUACCGCAGCCGACAUACGAUGGGACCAAAGAGUUAUGGAAAGACCGUUGGAAACUGGGUGCUGCAUGAACUGGGUGCUCUGCUUUCCACGGAAGAACAACAAUGGAGUAACAAUCUUGUGCCCUCCAAAUCGAUGGCUGAGAUUAUCUAUCGCUUGAAAAACAAUCAGAUUACAGGGAGUUCGGCCAAGCAUAUUCUCAAGCUCAUUUACAAUGGUGACAAACGGACCGUGCCCAAUAUCAUCAGACAGGAAGAAUUGGCCUUCUCUGAGAUGUCGGCCGAUGCUUAUCAAGCAAUCGCACGAGAAAUAAUCGACCAGUUCCCCCAGCAUGUCAGAGACAUCGUCGAGAAGGGUAAAGUUGGGAAAUUGCAGUUCCUCAUGGGACAAAUGAUGAGACAUCCACGAAGGGGUGACAUGCGUGCCCCAGAGGCUGAGAAAACACUUCGCCAGCUGAUCUUGGGCAACAGUGGAUGA